AUGGCCCGCUCUUCCGUCGCCGUUCGCGCGGCUCAGCGGCUAGUUCCAUCCGCCGCUGCCGCGCUGUCGGCGACUUUUUUAUCACCCGCCGCGCUCGCGGCACCGUUGGUAGGGUCAGUUUCCCCCGUCGCUCUUUCGCCACCCUCGAUAUUAUCUCCUGCCGAGGAGGGGUACUCCGUGGAGACAUCUUCGGUGGUGGGUCCACGUGGCGGUGCCCAAUUGGUGCAGUUGGAUCACCUCACAGGGGACGAUGAGGGCAUCGCUGUGGUGACUCUCAACCGCCCCGCAGCCCGCAACGCCAUCAGCAAACAGCUGCUGGCAGAUCUCUUGGAGGCCAUGGCGGAAGUAAGGGGAGAUGGGGGAGUGGAGGGAGCAGGGAAAGCAGAGGGGGCAAUGGCAGGGGCGCAGUAG